GUUUGUUUACGCGCGUCGUCGAAUCCUCCUCUUUUCUCCACAUUCGUUCGUCAUCUACAUUCAACUCCAUCUCCUCCGAAACCCCUAAUUUUCAGCCCAUGGAAUCCAUCGGUGUACUGAUGACUUGUCCGAUGAACGCUUACCUUGAGCAGGAGCUCGAUAAGCGCUUCAAUCUUUACAAGUUCUGGCAAUUUCCUCAGAGGACGCAAUUCCUCACGGAGCAUUGCAAUUCGAUUCGUGCUGUUGUUGGAAAUGCAUCAGUUGGUGCUGAUGCCACUUUGAUUGAUGCCUUGCCCAAGUUGGAGAUUGUCUCCAGCUUCAGUGUGGGAUUGGAUAAGAUUGAUCUCAAGAAGUGCAAGGAGAAGGGGAUUCGGGUCACUAAUACUCCUGAUGUUUUAACUGAAGACGUUGCGGAUUUGGCUAUUGGGUUGAUUAUAGCGGUGCUGAGGAGGUUGUGUGAAUGUGAUAGAUAUAUCAGGAGCGGGAAGUGGAAGAUUGGUAACUACAAAUUGACUACCAAGUUCUCUGGAAAAUCAGUUGGCAUUAUUGGUUUGGGAAGGAUUGGCUUAGCAAUUGCCAAGAGAGCUGAAGCAUUCAACUGUCCAAUAUCUUACUACUCAAGAACAAAAAAGGAAGACUCCAAGUACAAGUAUUACUCAAACCUUCUCGAGUUGGCCUCCAACUCUGAUAUUCUGAUCAUUUCUUGCGCGCUAACUAAAGAAACCCGCCUCAUCGUUAAUCGAGAAGUUAUCGAUGCAUUGGGUCCAAAAGGUGUUCUCAUCAACAUUGGGAGGGGUUCUCACGUUGAUGAACCUGAAUUAGUAUCUGCCUUGGUUGAAGGCCGAUUAGGCGGUGCAGGACUUGAUGUGUUUAAAAAUGAGCCUGAAGUCCCCCAAGAGUUGUUUGCACUCGAAAAUGAUGUCCUGGUGCCGCAUAUAGGAAGAGGAACCGUUAAAACUCACAAAGAAAUGGCUGGCCUUGUUCUUGGAAACCUGGAAUCUCACUUCUCCAAUAAACCUCUCUUAACUCCGGUGGUAUAUUAUAAUAUAAAUUCGGUAUUACCAUUUCUUUUCUGUUUGUUUACGCGCGUCGUCGAAUCUUCCUCUUUUCUCCACAUUCGUUCGUCAUCUACAUUCAACUCCAUCUCCUCCGAAACCCUAAAUUUUCAGCCCAUGGAAUCCAUCGGUGUACUGAUGACUUGUCCGAUGAACGCUUACCUUGAGCAGGAGCUCGAUAAGCGCUUCAAUCUUUACAAGUUCUGGCAAUUUCCUCAGAGGACGCAAUUCCUCACCGAGCAUUGCAAUUCGAUUCGUGCUGUUGUUGGGAAUGCAUCAGCUGGUGCUGAUGCCACUUUGAUUGAUGCCUUGCCCAAGUUGGAGAUUGUCUCCAGCUUCAGUGUGGGAUUGGAUAAGAUUGAUCUCAAGAAGUGCAAGGAGAAGGGGAUUCGGGUCACUAAUACUCCUGAUGUUUUAACUGAAGACGUUGCGGAUUUGGCUAUUGGGUUGAUUAUAGCGGUGCUGAGGAGGUUGUGUGAAUGUGAUAGAUAUAUCAGGAGCGGGAAGUGGAAGAUUGGUAACUACAAAUUGACUACCAAGUUCUCUGGAAAAUCAGUUGGCAUUAUUGGUUUGGGAAGGAUUGGCUUAGCAAUUGCCAAAAGAGCUGAAGCAUUCAACUGUCCAAUAUCUUAUCACUCAAGAACAAAAAAGGAAGACUCCAAGUACAAGUACUACUCAAACCUUCUCGAGUUGGCCUCCAACUCUGAUAUUCUGAUCAUUGCUUGCGCGCUAACUAAAGAAACCCACCACAUCGUUAAUCGAGAAGUUAUCGAUGCAUUGGGUCCAAAAGGUGUUCUCAUCAACAUUGGGAGGGGUUCUCACGUCGAUGAACCUGAAUUAGUAGCUGCCCUGGUUGAAGGCCGAUUAGGCGGUGCAGGACUUGAUGUGUUUGAAAAUGAGCCUGAAGUCCCCCAAGAGCUGUUUGCACUCGAAAAUGUUGUCCUGGUGCCGCAUAUAGGAAGUGGAACCGUUGAAACUCGCAAAGAAAUGGCUGACCUUGUUCUUGGAAACCUGGAAUCUCACUUCUCCAAUAAACCUCUCUUAACUCCGGUGGUAUAGUUUUGUUAUUGAAACAAAUAUUAGCCUAAUGCUGUUGCCUGGAGAAUUCUAUGGCAUCCGCAUCCAGUAACCAUCAGACAAACACCUCGAGUGAACGAUUCAAUUCGAUGAUUACUACCUGGUGAUGUUCAUAAUUUGAAUCUUCUAAGAUUAUUGCUUUCAGCCCUUAUCUGUCGAUAUGAUAUGUGAUGAUAUCUGAAGAAACGUUAUUGGGCGCAAUGCUAUAUGUGAUAUUUGUUUGGCGAAGUUUUCUAUUACAAUUGUGUAUAAUCCAAAACUGAAAGGCAAAAUUGAAAACUCCUUAAUACUUUGAUUC